CUUCACUUCCAGCUGCACUUGCUCCCAGGCUAUCUUCUUUCUUCCCCGUUCAACUUUCCCCUCUGUCUGUUCUUUCUCUCCAUGUGUUUGCUGCAAUGCUGAGUUGCCGCUUCGUCUCUAAUCCUUCCUAGAAUCGGUGUUUACUUCACGAUCUUUGGGCUGAAGUUGGCUUUCCGACCGCCUUCCCUCUCUUCGACCUGUCACGAACUUUUUUUCGCUCCCCCUCCGCCCUCCCCACCAAAAAAACAAUAUUUCCCAAAGGGCCUACCAAAACAGCCUCCUUCCUUCCAAUCCCCCCUCUCCUCCUCCCCCCAAACACAAACCCCCCACCGACACCAAAACCCCUCCUCCGGGUUCAAGCGCUGAACCCGCGUUUCUCGAUACUUCAAUCUAAGCGGUUUCGGCGGGUUGACUGUCUAGAUUGAACCCAGUCCGUCAGGAUGUCACUGCUCCCUCCCGAGGUCCACUCGGCCCUCUCUCAGCUGUUGCGCGCCCUGUCCACCCCCGACAACACUGUCCGAAGCCAAGCGGAGGAACAGUUGAACAAUGAUUGGAUUCAGAAUCGUCCCGAUGUCUUGUUGAUGGGAUUAGUAGAGCAAAUCCAGGGUGCAGAGGAUGUCUUGACACGUUCCUUCUCCGCUGUUUUGUUCAGGCGGAUGGCAACCAAGACCCGCAAAGACCCCAUUUCCAAUGAGGCCAAGGAGCUCUUCUCGACCCUUACCGGAGAACAAAGAUUGAUCAUCCGCCAAAAGCUGGUCACCUGCUUAACGAGCGAAUCCGUUACCGACGUUCGCAAGAAGAUUGGAGACGCUGUGGCUGAGAUUGCCAGACAAUACACUGAUAACGGCGAUCAAUGGCCCGAGUUGCUGGGAGUCCUCUUUCAAGCUAGUCAGUCCCCUGAGGCUGGUCUGCGCGAGGCCGCUUUCCGUAUCUUCUCGACUACGCCCGGUAUCAUUGAGAAGUCUCAUGAAGAUGCCGUUGUUGGUGUCUUCAGCAAGGGUUUCAAGGAUGAUGUUGUUUCUGUGCGCAUUGCGGCCAUGGAGGCCUUCGCUUCGUUCUUCCGCUCAAUCUCCAAGAAGUCGCAGCCUAAGUUCUUCCCGCUCAUGCCCGACUUGCUCAACAUCCUGCCUCCGCUCAAGGAGUCGUCCGAGAGCGACGAGCUGUCCUCGGCCUUUCUGGCGCUCAUUGAAUUGGCCGAAAUCAGCCCCAAAAUGUUCAAAUCCAUGUUCAACAACCUGGUAACUUUCAGUAUCAGUGUGAUCGCCGAUAAGGAUCUCAGCGAUCAAGUUCGUCAGAAUGCUUUGGAACUUAUGGCCACUUUUGCCGACUAUGCUCCGUCGAUGUGCAAGAAGAACCCUGAAUUUGCUCAGCAGAUGGUCACUCAGUGUUUGAGCUUGAUGACCGACAUUGGUAUCGACGAUGACGAUGCUGAAGAGUGGAACGCUUCUGAAGAUCUCGACCUGGAGGAAAGCGACCUCAACCAUGUUGCCGGCGAACAGUGCAUGGACCGAUUGGCCAAUAAGCUCGGAGGCCAGGUUAUCUUGCCCGCCACAUUUGCCUGGAUUCCCCGUAUGAUGUCUUCCUCUGCUUGGCGUGAUCGCCACGCGGCUCUUAUGGCUAUCUCUGCCAUCUCGGAAGGUUGCCGCGACCUGAUGGUUGGUGAACUUGACCAGGUCCUUCAGCUGGUCGUUCCCGCUCUUCAAGACCCUCACCCGCGUGUGCGAUAUGCUGGCUGCAAUGCUCUGGGUCAGAUGAGCACGGAUUUCGCCGGCACUAUGCAAGAGAAGUACCACGCUGUGGUGCUUAACAACAUCAUCCCCGUGCUGGACAGCGCUGAGCCCCGCGUUCAGGCUCACGCUGCUGCGGCCCUGGUGAACUUCUGCGAAGAGGCGGAAAGAAAGGUCCUUGAGCCUUAUUUGGCUGAACUUCUGCGUCACCUACUUCAGCUGCUGCGCAGCUCCAAGCGUUACGUGCAGGAGCAGGCUCUGUCUACCAUCGCUACCAUUGCGGACUCCGCCGAGAACGCUUUUGAUCAGUACUACGAUACCCUGAUGCCAUUGCUGUUCAACGUCCUUAAGGAAGAGCAAUCCAAGGAGUACCGCUUGCUCCGCGCCAAGGCUAUGGAGUGUGCCACCCUCAUUGCUCUGGCGGUAGGCAAGGAGAAGAUGGGUCAGGAUGCCCUGAACCUAGUCCAGCUCCUGGGCAACAUCCAGGCGAACAUUGUCGAUGCCGAUGACCCGCAAUCGCAGUACCUGCUUCACUGCUGGGGCCGCAUGUGCCGCGUCUUAGGCCAGGACUUUGUUCCAUACCUUCCCGGUGUUAUGCCGCCUUUGUUGGCUGUUGCGGCCGCUAAGGCUGACAUCCAACUGCUCGACGAUGAGGAUCAGAUUGAUCAAGUCGAUCAGGAUGAGGGCUGGGAGCUGGUGCCUCUCAAAGGCAAGAUCAUUGGUAUCAAGACCAGCGCGUUGGAGGACAAGAACACUGCCAUUGAGCUGAUCACGAUCUACGCUCAGAUCUUGGAGGGAGCAUUCGAGCCCUACGUGUUGGACACCAUGGAGAAGAUUGCCGUUCCGGGACUUGCAUUCUUCUUCCAUGAUCCUGUGCGGGUGUCGUCAGCCAAACUCAUUCCCCAGCUUCUGAACGCUUACAAGAAGGCUCGUGGAGAGCAGUCUCCUGGCUUCGCCGGCAUCUGGAGCAAGGUUGCUGAGAAGAUCAUCGAGGUUCUGAGCGCCGAGCCCACGGUGGACACGCUGGCUGAGAUGUACCAGUGCUUUUACGAGUCGGUGGAGGUUGUUGGUCAGAACUGCCUCACCCAGCAGCACAUGCAGGCGUUCAUCGAGUCUUCUAAGUCGACGCUAGAGGAUUAUCAGGUUCGUGUUAAAGCCCGCUUGGAGGAUCGUGCCGACGCCGAGGAGGGUGAGGACGACAACUUAGACUACGAGUAUGCCAUCGAGGACGAUCAGAACCUGCUUAGUGACAUGAACAAGGCUUUCCACACCAUCUUCAAGAACCAGGGCACGACAUUCUUGCCAGCCUGGGAACAACUCAUGCCCUUCUACGACGCGUUCAUCACCAGCCAAGAUCCUACCCAGCGUCAAUGGGCUUUGUGCAUUAUGGAUGAUGUCCUGGAGUUCUGCGGCCCAGAGUCUUGGAAGUACAAGGAUCACAUUAUGCAGCCUCUGGCUGCCGGUCUGCAGGAUGCCAACGCAGCUAACCGACAGGCUGCGGCGUACGGGGUUGGAGUCGCCGCUCAGAAGGGCGGUGCUGCCUGGAGCGACUUUGUGGCUGCCAGCAUCCCCAGCCUGCUGCAGGUGACGCAGAUCAACCAGGCGCGCACGGAAGAGCAUGUAUUCGCGACGGAGAAUGCUUCGGCCAGUAUCGCCAAGAUCCUUCACUACAAUUCGAGCAAGGUCCAGAACGCCCAGGAGAUUGUGGCCACGUGGUUGACCACUCUGCCGAUCACAUUCGACGAGGAGGCCGCUCCUUAUGCUUAUUCCUUCCUUGCGCAGCUCAUUGACCAACAAAACCCGGUCGUGCUGUCCAACGCCGAUAAGGUCUUUGGGUACAUUGUGCAGGCGCUAGAGGCGGAGACCCUGCAAGGCCAGACCGCUGGCCGAGUGGCCAACUCGGCGAAGCAGUUGGUGGCCGCGACAGGUCUGAACGCGGAUCAGAUCUUGGCCGGUGUGAAUCCCGACAAUCAGGCGGCGAUUCGCAGCUAUUUCAAUUGAUUUGUUUUUCUUCAAUAUCAUUAUGAGUUGAUGUUAGGGAUAGGGAAAUACCGGGUUUCUUUUUUGUUAUGGUUUUGUACAGCGAUACAGGUGCUUGAUGCUUUGCGUAGGUAGGAAGGUGCUACGUACUAGUAAUAACUGAGCUAGAGAUCUAUUGUUUAUGUCAUGUUGAAGAG